CGCGCGAAAAUGGGAAACGAAAGGGAAUCAGUAGAGCCGAGAAUAAAUACAAUAGCGCUCAUUUGCAUGUUGCAAAAAAAGCACGAGGAGCAUACAAGGAGGACGAGUAGUUUUCACUCUCUUGCACUUUCUCUCUCUCUCUCUCUUUCUAAUUUUCAGUUCGCGAUUAGUCGCCGCUAGUCGCUGAUGCGUACGAGAUCGGUUAUCUUAUCAUUCGUCCCCCGGGGUCGGUUUCAAUUUCAUCGACGGAUUGAAACGAAAUCAAGGCCGAUUUAUUUUUCGCGAAACGACGUGAACAAACGGACAUGAACAAUGCGCAUUUUAACGCCUUGUUAAAAGACCCGAUCGACCAUAAUCUCCGUUCCGAAACGAAGGCUGCGGAAACAACACCGACUAUCCGAGCGGGGAGAGAAACCACGAGGAUUUCGGUACAAAAACCGUCAAAUUGCAGAAGAGAUUCCUAGAGCGUGGUCACAAUGUCUAUGCAACAGUAUUGCUUACGAUGGAACAAUCAUCAGCCAAAUUUCAUCUCAGUUUUCUCCAAUUUGCUGAACAAUGAAACCUUGGUGGACGUCACCCUUGCUGCCGAGGGCAGGCAAAUUCAAGCUCACAAAGUCGUACUGUCGGCGUGCAGUACCUACUUUCAGUCGCUGUUCACAGUGAAUCCCUGUCAGCAUCCUAUCGUUAUACUUAAAGACAUUAAAUAUUCCGAUUUGAAAAUUAUGGUGGACUUUAUGUAUUACGGGGAAGUAAACAUAUCACAGGAUCAGCUGCCAUCCAUCAUAAAGACUGCAGAGAGUUUAAAAAUAAAGGGACUCGCAGAAAUGCACACAGCGUCAUUGACCAAGUGGCCAAGCGGCAGCAGCGAAACCGGCGGAGGAGAUCGCGGUGAAUCUUGUUCACCCAGUCCGUCUCCAUUGUCACCCUCGUUUCGUAGAAAAAGAUUACGGAAAUCUUCCACAGGCUCGACCUCUGGCUCAGGCGACAAACCGGAAGAGAUUAACGAAAUCACGUUGGUGGCUACUAACAUUGUAAAACCUGAACCUCUAAUUGCCUCUCAAGAAAGCGGAGAGAAUUUGAGGCAAAGACCGGUAAAUACCAGCACAGAAUCUCAGGGCAGUAUUGAUGAGGAUCAAAUAUCGAUUGUAAGUACUCGCAUGAGUAAUAUGGAGACCAGUUCAGCCAACACGCCGGCUCAAAGCGACGGUUCUAUUCAGGAUGUGAGUCAACCGACCGCGACAAAUAUUGGACAACCAAGUUCUGUUUCUUCGCAACCACCAGUUCAUCAAGUUCUUCAGUGCAAGCAGUCGCCACCCACGGAGAAGAAGAGGCCGCGGCUGCUGAUCAGGCAACCGCGGCUGAAGAAGGAGCCGACUCUGUCAGCUCAUCAGUCGCCGGAGAGUGAUUCGGGUUCAUCGCCCCACAUAGUCACACCGACGCUGAAUCUUCCUCAGGCGUCGAGGAGCCUUGAGGAGUCGCGUGUAUCACCGCCAGCGCACACCAUACUGGUCAGUCAUCCGAAUCUGUUGGCGGUGACUACGUCGUCCAGUCUGUUGACGGUGCCGCAACCGGCGUACCUGACAAAACAGCACUCGCACCCGCUGCUAUCUAGUCAGCAACCGAGCACGUCCGGGACUUACUGGAUACAGCGACAACACUCCCAUCCGGAGUUGCCAGGUAGGACCACGAGUCCCUCGAUCAUAAUCGAACCGGCGCCCGUCAUCAAAACGGAGGAGGAGCUUUGCGACGAGACAACUCCGACUCCAACGACAACCACCGCCUCCGAUCCAUUGAUCGGAAGCAGCAGCGGAGGCAGCGUUACCACCACCGGUGGAUUGAGGGUGAAGUCAACGGAGUUGCGACGAGCUUCGUCAUCCCCGCAGACGAGCAGCAGAGAGCCUAGCGAAAACACGGGUGAUCACCGAUCGGGUCACUGUCCGGUAUUGCGCCAGGGACCCGCUUUGGGCUGCAAUCAUUGCUGGAACACGAUCGACGAUCACGGCAGAAUACUCCGUAGAAAGACCAAGUACCAGUGUCCCCAGUGUCAGAUCAAUCUGUGCAUCGUGCCCUGUUUCCAGGAGUACCAUGAGCAGCGGCGCGAUCUAACUUCCAAACUGAAGCCCCUGCCAAAAACCGGCUCCGUUUAAUUUCUCUAUUUAUUUAAUGUUAAACAUGACACGUGCUUCAGUGUCGAGAUUUGACGUAACUUACGACGUGACGAACUCAUUAUCAUCAACGUGUACACAUGAUACCUUUUCCGCGAUGAGCGUGAACUAUAUCGGAGUUAAUUGUCACUCAUAUAUAUAUAUAUAUACAUAUAUGUGACCUCAUAUAUUUUCGUAACACAUUUACACAGCGUUUACAAUGUAAACGGAAUCGUUGCAAUAUGAUAACGACAACACGCAUUUUCACAGGUGCAUGUGCAUCGAUUUUUGUCGUUUUUUUUGGUUUUUUUUAUUUUUUGUUUUUUUUUUUUGUUUUUAUUGUUUCGGUAACUUCGCUGAUUCCACGAACACACGAAAUUUUUUCGUGACUUCGUAAAAAUACGUAGUACUCGUUUGUACGAAUUUUAAUUUAACAUUAGUCUCUCAUCUGACAUUAUUUUCGUCUUGUCGCGCCACACUGCAUGAUCUCAAACAAAAAAAUAUGACGUUUCAUUCUUACGCCCUCUCUCUUCCUCGAUUUAUCCGAGACGCAUCGAGAUAAUAAUUUUUGUCGACACGCAAACACUAAUUUGGCGAGGCCGUGAAUUUUGUGACAAAAUUGCGUCCCAAAAAAGUAAAAAAAUAAAAAAAAAGGGAAAGAACCGUCGGACGCGAUGGCCGCUAAAACGAGAGCUUUAGCGCACGUGCACACACAACGAUCGAAUUCGGUGUACCCUUAUAAAUCACUUCCUACCAUUCGCAAUUCCCCUAUUGCCACCUGUAAAACGACACUCCCUUCCCCUUUCCCCCCGCCAUUAAUGCGUCCGCGUAAAUUUGUCGUCGUUCGUUCCCGCGAUCAAUCGAACAUGGCACACGCUCGCCUCUUAUUUUAGUACAAAGAUUAAAAACAAUGGUACAAGAACUUUUUUUUAUCUUAAUCGAUAAUUUCGUAUCGUCUCAGAGAUUCGAAACAGUUCUUGAGAAAAAUAGUUCAAGCUUCAAAACAAAUCAAGCGUUUCCUUGCUUUUCUUUUUUAUUUACUCGCGCAACGAUACGUUAACGCGAAAUCGAGUCGCUCUUUAAGAGUUUCAAUCCCAUAAGUUACAAGAGACACAAGAUCGAUCAAUCUCGUAUCAGAAUAUUUCAAGACUCCGAGUAUUUCAUUUCGUUUGUGUAUGUCUCGUGCAUUAAUCGCGAAAGAGCGUCCCCGGACACAUGUUGGCCGGUGACAACAUGGUGUGAUAUACGAAUGACCGAAGAUCUUCUCCCCCCCCUCCCUGUUUCCCGUCCGGGAGAAAAGUCGCGGUGAUGGAUUUCCGGAUUUCGUUCCGAUAAAUCACGAUUUGCACGAAUCUCGCCGCGUGAACGUUUUCUCCCUCUCUCCUCGUCCCGCCCUCGUCCCGUGACAUUUUCUCGCGAACGGCGCCGUGCACGUUCGCGCCACUUUGUACCGUGUAAAGUGUUGAGAAGAAAUGUAGAAGAAUUAUAUAUACAUAAACGCAAUAUAUUUUUCUCGGCAUUGCACAGAUGUGUAUUAUACGCGUUGUAUGGAUUAAUCAUAUUUUAUGUAUACAUAUCUAGCCUCUGACAGAGAUUCGUAACUUAAUUGAAAAUAAAAAAAACUCGUACAAGAUCGCAGACCAGAGAGGAAUUUU